AUGGGAAGUCGUCUUCCCCUGCUCGCUCUUCUUUUCCAUCAGAUCGUCCCUGUGAUCUCGACAGUGGUCGCAUCAGUGUCGUGCUCGGAAUCUGUAGCCCAGUUCUUUGAUAACCCUAGUUUCGAAGAUGGCAUCUCUGACUGGACGGUGGCCAACAUGUACGCUCAAACUUAUGGUGUGGUCAAAGCAGGCACGUCUACUGCUAAGUCUUCGACCGCUGAAGAUGGGGCGUAUUACUACCAAACAGGAGGUUACACCCACGACUUUAAGAUAUCCCAAACAAUCACUGGGCUCACAGUUGGCAGCACCUACACUGGCUCCUACUGGCUUGAGAGUUUUGUGCCGACUACAUAUCUAAGUGACUGCUGGAACUAUGUAUAUCUCGACUCGACUUCCAAUGAGAUUCAUUAUGAAUCUUUUAGCUUGAACUCGGCAUAUGAAACCUGGCAGAAGCAUUCUUUCACAUUCACAGCUACUUCCACGAGCCAUGAUGUGAUUUUUAGCAUGGAUUGUGGCUCAAGUGAUAAUGGUGCAGCUUGGAAUAUGGGCUGGGACAACUUCCAGGUCACCGGUCCCAGAAGCGUCUGCACAACUUCCUACUCACCUGUGUCGACUCCGACACCAACGCCUUCAUCAAGCCCUGUGAGAUCGUCAUCGGCAGUUAUCUCCUCAUCCUCCUCGGCGGUUGCCAGCUCAUCUUCAUCAGCUGUUAGUCAAUCAUCAUCGGCCAUUGUGUCUGCAUCCUCCUCAGCAGCUAUCAGCCCAUCUUCUUCAGCUGUCGUCCGUCCGUCCUCGUCAGCUAUCAUUCGUUCUUCCUCGUCGGCUGUUUUUUCUGCAUCCUCUUCAGCUGUCGUCCGACCAUCCUCAUCUGCUGUCAUUCGUUCUUCCUCUUCAGCAGUUGUCCGUCCAUCCUCAUCAGCUGUCUCUAGUUUUUCGCGUUCUUGCUCAAAAAUCCCAACUACUCGGUCUUCUUCACGGGGCAUUCUUCCCCCGUCUUCAGCCCCCGUACCGUCUUCCUCGGCACGUGUUACCAGCUCUUCCUCACGUACCAGCCGGCCCUCUUCUUCAAUUGCUGUCGUCUCGGUUUCUUCGUCUGCUUCCGGUUCUUCGGCUUUUGCCACAAGUUCCUCCUCACAGAGCUCCCACUCUUCUUCAAUUACAAGCUCCGCCACGAGACCUUCAAGCUCUGGUGAAAGUGCCUCCACGUCAUCUACCGUCCCUACGGUGGUGAAUCCAUCUUCCAUCAGCUCAACUGGCUCGACCGGCUCUGCUAGCACGUCUCUACCUGCCAAUGGCAGUGGAUCAACUACUACUAGCAGCCCAUCUUCUAUUACCACUCAGGCCCAAAGUGGAACGAGCAUUGGAGGAUUCACUACGUCUACUGUUUUCAGCACACGCACAGCGACUAUCACUGCUUGUCCAUCCACUGUGACCGACUGUCCUGCUAGUCAGCGAACAAGUUAUGUAACCACUGAGACUAUUGUCGUUUCCACUACUGUGUGCCCCGUUACCGCAGCCCAGGCAACAUCAACAGCUGGUUUAGGAACAAGUCCUGCACCUGGCUCAGGUUCCAACUCUGGCUCUGGCUCCAACUCUGGCUCUGGCUCUGGCUCUGGCUCUGGCUCUGGCUCUGGCUCUGGCUCUGGAUCAAGCACAGGUACUGGCUCUGGCUCUGCCUUGGGAUCAGGCUCUAGCACUAGCUCUAGCUCCGGUGUUGGAUCCCCAGGAAGCAGUACUUCCAGCGGUAUUGCCCAUCCAUCUUCGUCUUCAUCCUUUACUACCCUCGGAGCUACAUCUACUACGAGUGCAAGUGGAUCUACAUAUACUGGUGCCUCAGUAUCUCAGACGACUUUCCUUUCUGGACCUCUUGCUCUUGUUGGAGUUGCUUUGGCAUCUAUUGUUCUUCUACUGUAG